AUGGAAAACUAAAACAAUCAAGAGGAAGACGAGGUAAGAACAAUAAUAUUGAUAAAAUCAUAUUAGCUUAUCGCUGAAUUCGAUGUCUGCUUAGCUGGUAAUCUUAAAGAUCAUAUCCAUCUCCUUCAAUAUCCAUUGAGGCCAAGCUAUAGAACUUACGGAGAUCAGGGAGAUUUAUUUAAGAUAGAAGUGGGAUUGUCCAAUAUGACUUUGAACCAAGCCUAAUAAUUUGGUAAAGCUCUGGAAAUAUAAGCAAAAGCCAAGGACUAAUUUGAUGAAAACUUCAAGUUGCAUUACAGACUCAAAAAGGAUUCUUAAAACUAUGAUACCAAUGCAGUUGAUCACAGAUCUUAAAAGGUUGAUAUCGAUAGCUAAUAAGUAAAUCCUAACUAUUGUAUUGGAGUAAUGAAAGACAACUAAUUCCUUCUAACUCCAUUAACAUCUUUUCAUCAGCUAAGACCCUCUUUCGAUCAUGUUGACAAAGAAAGACAGUUAAGACUAAUUAAUAGUGCUUAAAUUUAGGCAGAAAAAAGAGCAGCUUAAGCCAAAAUACAAAGAGUAGGAACCGAGCAAUCAGGCAUGCAGUAAAUGAUUAAUGAGAGUAAUAAAGAGUGGAAAGAUUUGAAGUAUUUUAGCAUGAAUAGCUACGAGAGUGAAAUGGAGCUUGAAAAACUCUGCUUAUUCAAAAGUUCAAGGAAAAAUAUUAAUGGAGACCAUGAUAUGAUUAUUGAGAAGUAAGGUGAUGAUCAAUGGUCUCUGAUCUCAAGUCACGAAUUUCAGGAUCUGCUUGCACCUUUUGAUAAGACUGAGGACUUUUCAACUGCAUCUAUUCUUAAAAAUAAGGGAAGCAAUUUAACGAUUGAGGUACUAGCACAGCUGAGCCCAAUUAAAAUGCUGGAAUUGAUAAUGAAAAAGGCAGGCAUAAUAGACUUGGAAAGAUUAGUAAGAAUAAUGCUUGCUGCUUGUAAACUUGCCAAUAUUGAUAUGCUCCCUUAGGAUCAAUUGAUAGACUUGCUUAGCGAUCACAUGUACGACUUUACUGUCGACAAAAGAAAAGUAGCUCUAAGAGAAUACCUCAUUAAUCAAAUCUAUCGUAAUGGGCAAAUUACUCUGGACUAGAUAAAAAAGGAGACAAAGACUCAAUUUGGUGAAUUAAAAUUGCACAUAUAGGAAGUUACAAAUUCACUAAAUGAAAUCUUGACUUUCAAGAAUUAUGGCAAUUCUAAAUUGCAUGAAUAUUUGAAACCGAAGCACAACAAGCAAAUAAAGGAAUCUUGGGACAAACUUGAACACGAAUGUAAGAAGUACUAAGAGCUUAAGUUCUACAGAGACUAGGCAGAUUAGAAACUCCCAGAGCAGCUGAUCUCGACUAAGCAAGAAUAAUAAAUGAAGAAGCAAAUGUUCUAGCUGAUAGAAUGUCUGGUCAAACAUUUUACAGAGAAUAAGGUCAGCAACUACCCCAAGCUAAUUACCUCAAUAAAGGAUAGCAAGAUCACAGUGCAAGAUUAGGAUCAGUUUAAUAAUAUAUUGGUAGAGUACACAGUAUCAAUGGGGGAUAGAAUAUUCCUUAGAAAGCUUGAAAAUGAGUAGGAGCAGCAGGUGAGAGACAUUAUUAUUUAGCUCUUCUCUCUUAAGCAAUAAUACAAGAAGCCUGACUUCAAAAAGCAAGUCAAUGAGAGACUGCAGCAGACUGACUUGACAGACAAGGAAUUGUAAAAAUUAAUAGGAUAUUAUACCACUACUCAAGGGAAUAUGAUCACAAUGAUUUAGCCAUGA